CGCAUCAAGUCAACUACGAUGGCUCCGAUCAACAGGCUUCACCUCUGCCUUCUCUUCCUGUCGUUCCCUCUUCUCUCCACCGCCACCCCCGUCAGUGAUUCCCAAUACCUUGAGGUGGAGCUCCUCUGUAAACAGACGUAUGGUUUCAUGCCCUGCUCCACAACUGCAUUGGGGAACUUGUUUUUGAUCAUCGUUUAUGGAUACCUCAUUUUCGUGGGAUCCAAGUAUGUUUUUGACGGGAGUGAGCUGUUGAAGAUUCUUGGUCCCGGUCGCCUUGGAAAAGCUGUUCUUCCCCAGCUUGCCGCGCUUCCCAGCGCCAUACUUAUUCUUGUGUCUGGACUUUCUGGAACUAAGGAAUCUGCUCAAAGUCGGGUCUCGGUGGGAAUGGGAUUGCUAGCUGGAUCAACUGUCAUGCUUCUUACUGUAAUAUGGGGAUCCUGUGUCAUAGUUGGAAAAUGUGACAUUGAGCAUUCAGUUGCUAAAGAUGGUCAAAAUACAAAAGGAUUUAGCUUAACUGAAACUGGUGUUAGUACGGAUAGUUGGACUUGCUAUACUGCAAGGAUAAUGGCUAUAUCUGUCAUCCCAUUUAUUGUUGUUCAAAUACCACAGAUACUCCAUUCAACUUCAGGAAGAAACUUAGCUGUUUUGAUUGCUCUAAUUGUAUCUGUAUUGAUGUUCAUUGCUUAUUGCCUUUAUCAGGUCUUUUGGCCCUGGAUUCAGAGUUGGAGUAUUGCUUAUGCAAGGCUCAGGCGUGUGACAUCAAUAAUUGCGAAACAUCUGAGACAGCAUGCUGCGGAAAGGCUCUUGAAUGAUGGAGAACCCAACAAAAUAGUUUUAAAAAAACUGUUUGGUUUGAUUGAUGACAACAAAGAUGGACAACUUUCAGUUAGUGAAGUCAAAGCACUGAUCAUGGGAAUUAAUUUUGAGGGGAUAAAGUUGUGUCAGGAUGAUUUGGACAAAUUACUAAUAGGCACGGCAACAAAUCGGGAUAAUCAAAUUGAUUCAGAUGGAUUCAUCGAAUGUACAGAAAAAUGGCUCAAUGCAGUACAUCAAGGAAAUAGAGGUCACGAUCCUGGUUUUCAAAAUGAAUUUUGCGAGAAAACACAGAGGGAGCUUGAUUUUUUGGGAGUGGAAGAGGAAACUUUCGAAGCUGUUGCAAACCGACGGUUGACCCGCUUGAAAGCAGCAUCAAUGUUGUUUAUUGGAACCAUUACUGCUUUUGCAUUCGCUCAUCCUCUAGUGGAUGCUAUCACUAACUUUUCCAAUGCAACAAAUGUCCCUCCAUUCUUCGUUUCAUUCAUUGCACUACCCAUGGCAACUAAGUUUAGUGUAGUGGUACAACUGCUCAUUCAUGCCAGCCGCAAGACGAGGCAAACCGCCUCAUCAACAUUUAUCGAGUUAUACACAACUGUGUCAACGGAUAAUGUGAUUUAUCUAUCAGUUUUCUUAGCUAUUUCUCCAACAGCUAUCGUCUACAUCAGAGGAUUGAGUUGGGAUUUUUCGGCAGAAGUGCUGGCUAUUGCUGUUGUAUGCAUUCUGGUGGGUGGCUUUGCCAGUUUUCGUACCACUUUCCCCCUUUGGACUUGUUUGCUUGCUUGCAUGCUUUAUCCUUUCUCCUUGGCACUGGUUUAUGUUCUUGAUUGCGUCUUAGGUUGGGCAUAG